AUGCCGGCCCCGUUGCGAUUCACCGCCGGGACCCGUGGAGGGAUGCGGGGGCAUUUCCCCUCGCUGCGCCCCGACCUAAUUGCGUUUCUCCUCCUGCAUCCCGGCCUGGGUCUACGCAUCCAUGAAUACUUGUACUUCCAAGUGCUCAGUCCCGGGGACAUCCGUUACAUCUUCACUGCCACUCCAGCCAAGGAUUUUGGUGGCGUGUUUAAACUCAGAGGAGCGUGGUUGGGGCGAGGCGCGGGAUCGGAGAGACAAUCCCUGGGCUGGGUGUCUCCAGGCAAGGCCCUGGCACUUCCAGGCUUUGCACCUACCUGCAGGCACCAAAAUUUUGUCCCUCUGUGCCCCAGGGGCUGCUCAUUUCUGUCCAAGACCCGAGUGAUCCAGGAGCACGGCGGGCUGGCCGUGAUCAUCGCCGACAACGCCUACGACAAUGACAGCUUCUACAUCGAGAUGGUGCAGGACAGCUCCCGGCGCACAGCCGACAUUCCUGCGCUCUUCCUGCUGGGCAGGGACGGGUACAUGAUCAGGCGCUCCCUGGAACAGCACGGGCUCCCCUGGGCCGUCAUCUCCAUCCCUGUCAACGUCACCAGCAUCCCCACCUAUGAGAUGAUGCAGCCCCCCUGGACCUUCUGGUAGCAGCAGGAGGCUGUGGCGGAUCGUGGGCUUCCCAGUGGAUCCCAGGAGUUUCCCCUAAGCACCAGGUUUGGAGUCCCAACGUCUUCCAGAGAUCCCACUGGAUUCGGCAACGGGGAGAUCUUCCUGCUGGCCAAGUGCCAGGUGGGAUCGGAGAGCACCCUUUGCUGUGACUUUGUGGGAGGGAGGUGAUGGCCCAGAGCAGGCCAGCGCUUCCCAGGAAACGUUUGAACUUGUGCUGCUGAUUUGGUGGGAUGCAGGACUGGCAAGGAUGGGAGGGAGAGCGACACAGGCUUGGUCUGGACCAGCAGGGCUCGCCCCAUGUCUGUAUAUUUUUGUCUGAGCUAAUGAAGUCUGAAUGUUUUAGAGAAAGG